GAAGAAGCGCUGCUGCCUCAGCUCUCCGCAACAAAAUGGCGGCGGAUCUGAGCAGGCGGGGGCGGCGUGUGCCUGCGGGGACCGGGAGACACUUUCCGGUGGCCCCGCGCGGUGGGAGCCGGCUCGUUUUGAAGAGCGGACUUCGGUUUACCGGGAGACGGUCGCCAUUUCCGAAAAGGAGGCGGCUUUCCCGGAGAAAACGGCCGGGUACGGGGUGGCCGCCAUUAUGGGUGACCUGAGGGAAAAACAGACAAAGCAGUGUGCGACUUUCUACGACACUGGUGGGAAUUGGUGGCCAUUUUGUGAAAUACACGACGGUUCUGUGGAGCUCCGAGGCGGUUAUUAUGUUUCUGAUUGGUUUUAUUAACCGGUGUGCUUCAACGGCUGAGUUUUCGCCGUUUUACCGAGGAAAACCGGAGCUGCGCAACAAGAUGGCGCCGUCUCCUUCAAGGCAGCAGAAGGAGAGAAGAGGAGCCACGUCGCGUGAUACGAGAAGACCGCCCCGUCUGAGCUCGGCUGCCCGGUAACAGCCAAUGGCGGGCAGCGGGACGGCAGAGUUCUGCCUAGCUCCAGCCAAUCGCAGACGAAGUUUUCUUGGGUGACGUGGAAGCCGCGCUGAGUCACUUGUCCUGGAGUCCUAGGAAGGAAAGGGCGCGUCCUCCUGAGCUGCUGCAGUGGUAGUGCACCGUUCCACCGCCGGGGGCGUCCGAACAGCGGGAAGCAUGGCGACCAAUAGAAAGGCGUCUGGUUGUCUGUGGGCGGAGGAUGUCGUAAUGGACGGAUCAGAAAGCCAAUGGAAGGGCUGUCCCCGCCAAGGAGGCAGGAUUUCCGAAACCAAUCGGCGGCAGGCGCUGCGUUUAUAUAAGAUCGGCCUCAGCCUCUCGAGGCGCCAUUUCGCUGAAGCGGAGAACCGGAGCUGGAUAGGAGGCGGAAAGCGUUGACGUUGUUUGAGCCAAAGACAGCGCUGCGCCCUCAGCCGGAGAGCGGGCGUCUACACAAUCCGCAUCCAUCCGCAUGGAGGCAGCCCUCAACCCAGCGUUUAAAAGGCCUCCUCUGGAUGUACAUCAUGGUAUAAUGGGGCAGACGGUUGAGGGAACCCCAGGCAAGCGAAUCCGCAAACCCUCUCUGCUAUACGAAGACUUUGAGGGUCCCACCAUGAAUUCCAGUGUCUUUCAUCACAUGCCUCAAGUCAACCCACCUCCUCCAGAGGUCAGCAAUCCCAAAAAGCCCGGCCGCAGCACUAAUCAGCUGCAGUACCUGGUCAGGGUGGUCAUGAAGUCUCUGUUGAAACAUCAGUUCUCUUGGCCUUUUCGUCAGCCCGUGGAUGCCAUAAAACUGGGUCUUCCGGAUUAUCAUAAAAUUAUCAAGCAGCCAAUGGACAUGGGAACUAUUAAGAAAAGAUUGGAGAACAAUUACUACUGGACUGCACUGGAGUGUAUGCAGGACUUCAACACAAUGUUUACUAACUGCUAUAUCUACAACAAGCCCACAGAUGACAUUGUGCUAAUGGCUCAAAGCCUGGAGAAGUCCUUUUUGCAGAAGGUAGCGCAGAUGCCCCAGGAUGAACAAGAAAUACCCAAUACUGCAAGCAAGUGCAGGCCAGCGAAGAGUGUCAAACCUCCAGAUAUCACAGGUGGCAUCACAACUGCACACCAAGUCCCAGCCAUCUCAUCCAUGUCUCAGUCUUCACUGUACCCCAGCUCCCCGGAAAUGCCCCCCAUCAUUGUUGAUAUACCACAUCCAACUGUCCUCUCUAACCCUGUGGUGAAACCAAUGCCCACUACUCAGCCUCUAAUGCCUGUGGUUCCAGCAGCCACACAACAAAUAUCAAAGCAGAAGAAAGGUGUGAAGAGAAAAGCAGACACUACAACCCCAACCACCACUGCUAUCAUUGCUACCAGUGGAGACUCCUCUCCUCUAACGCCACCAGAUACAAAACCCGCCAAGAUCCCCACUCGGCGAGAAAGCGGAAGGCCUAUUAAGCCACCUCAAAAGGACUUGCCAGACUCUCAACAGCAUCAAACAUCAAAGAAGGGCAAACUGUCUGAGCAACUAAAAUACUGCAAUGGCAUUCUGAAAGAACUUCUUUCUAAGAAACAUGGCGCCUAUGCAUGGCCGUUCUACAAACCCGUGGAUGCCAGUUCUCUGGGACUACACGACUACCACGAUAUCAUAAAACAUCCCAUGGACCUUAGCACCAUUAAGAAAAAGAUGGAGAACAGAGAAUACCGAGAUGCACAGGAGUUUGCUGCCAAUGUCAGGCUCAUGUUCUCAAACUGUUACAAAUAUAACCCUCCUGACCAUGAUGUAGUGGCCAUGGCAAGGAAGCUGCAGGACGUGUUUGAAUUUCGUUACGCUAAGAUGCCCGAUGAACCUAUUGCAAUGUCUCCGCCUCUCAACUCCUCACAACAGCCUCCCUCCGAUUCCAAAUCCUCCUCGGAAUCCUCAAGUGAGAGCAGCAGUGACAGCUCAGACGAGAGUGAGAGUUCUGAUGACUCGGAAGAGGAGAGAGCAAACAGGCUGGCCGAGCUUCAGGAACAGCUUCGAGCCGUACACGAGCAACUGGCUGCUCUCUCCCAAGGCCCAAUUUCCAAGCCAAAAAAGAAGAAAGAGAAAAAGGAAAAAAAGAAAAAGAAGAAAUCAUCUGAUAAAAGGAAAGUCAAAGAUGAAGAAUGGAGAUGUAGCAAAUCAAAAUCAUCAUCUUCUUCUUCUCAGACCAAAAAAUCCUCUAAAAAAUCUGGGGGGACCACUACAAGUAGCGGUGCUAUGCUUUCUGUUUCAAAGAGUUCUAAGAAAUCAAAGUCCCUUCCCCCACCUCCACCUGUUAUGUAUGAUUCAGAGGAGGAAGAGGAGUGCAAGCCAAUGACUUAUGAUGAGAAGCGGCAGCUGAGCCUGGACAUUAACAAACUUCCAGGAGAGAAGUUGGGCCGUGUAGUACAUAUCAUCCAAUCCAGAGAGCCCUCUCUUCGGGAUUCCAACCCCGAAGAAAUAGAGAUUGACUUUGAGACUUUAAAACCUUCCACUCUUCGUGAGCUGGAGAGAUAUGUCAUGUCUUGCUUGAGGAAGAAACCACGGAAGCCCUACACUUCGCCUAACUCCAUGCUCUCUGCAGCACUGAAGAAACAACCAGUGGGAAAGACAAAAGAGGAGAUUGCCAUGGAGAAGAAGAGAGAGUUGGAGAGGAGGCUACAGGAUGUCAGCGGGCAGCUGAACUCUGCCAAGAAACCACCCAAGAAAGUCAAUGAGAAAGCGGAAUCAGCCCAGCCGGUGUCGGUGUCUCGCCUCAGUGCUUCCAGCUCCAGUUCGGACUCUGAUACUAGCAGUAGCUCCACAUCCAGCUCCUCAGACACUAGUGACUCGGACUCUGGCUGAGGGAGAGGGUGUAGCACAGCGGGGACAUUACCUUCCACUGUAGCAGGGUUGGAAGGCUGAAAUUUUAUGCUUAAAGUGGUUCUAAAAGGAUCUGCAGGAACAGAACCCUCUUGAACCAGACUUGAUGCCCUGUUCAGGGUAAAAGCAAACUGAGGCCUUUGGUAUUUACAGAACACCCGCCUUUCCCUCAGCUAGGUGUACUCAGCGGCUGGGGAAUCUCCUGGAGCAUGAGGCUGUUCACCCAUUUACCACCUGAAUACUGACUCCUGUGGGGAUCCUCAUACAAGGCAUUAUAAAGGGUGGGUGGAAGAAAUGCAGUGUCCUUAUUUUAUUCUGUUUACAAGUUCUCCUUUGGAACGCACAGACGCCUGGAAGCUGUAAUCGGCUUUUGGAUUAUCUCGGCGGAGGAUCUGUUCAGAGUUGGUCUCUUAGUUGUUACUUAGUGCAGUGUUAAUCGUUGACUCUCCAGGCUUUCUCCUUCCUGUUUGUGUUCUGAUGCGUACAGCACACGAUGGUGACAUACUCUGUGUAUUGCCUCCAGGUACAGCGUCUUGCCCAUCUGUGCUUUGUCUAGGGAAAUUUUUAGCACAGCAAAGUGGGCUGCUCGAGGGUCCAGAAAACGUCAGCCUUUUGCUCCAUCAUGCAAAUUUUAGGCACUUGGAAGAGUUUUUAUGCCUGUCUGACAAGUAAAUUGGUGGACAGGAGGCCAGAAAACCCCUUUAGCCCCCUACUGCAUGCAGCGUGUAAGGUGGAGGGUAGUUCUGUCUCACUGAAGAACACAUUCUAUACUGGAGGCUCCAAACUACAGAACUCGUUCAUAGCCUUUCAUGUGUUUUUAUUUUUAUUUUUUUGUAUUUAUUUUAAAUAAGCGAAAGAAGGAUUUUUUUUUUUUUUUUCUUUGUUUAUAAUGUAAAAUAACAGAGGGUGCCCUGUUGAUACAGGGGCCGGUGUAGAUGUAAGAUUUUAUAAGCCCUGUACAUAAAUAUAUAUAUACCGAGUUGCACAAGCAGCAUGUUUCUCAAUGUAAAGGGUGACUUUAUUUUUUACCUGGGGGGAAAAAAACAUUUUUAUUUUCUUCCUAAUAUUGUUCUGUUGCUAUAAAUAUAUAUACUCCUGUCUUAUUCCCUUCCCUUUUCUUUUCUUUUUUUUUCGUCUCCUUGUUAUCGGUUCAAGCCCUUUAGUUUGGAAACAUGUAAAUAAAGAAAAUUUACAUCCAU